AGAAGAGCCUGUGUUGGCUUUUUGUGUUUUGGAAGGCGUUGUCUCUUUCCCAGGUACAAUCUACGAACGAGUGGUUCCCUGGUCGUUCUUCAUGUGUGAGCCUAAACGCGACUCCUCUCCAGUGUUUCAGCCAACGUCGCUCCGUUGUCGGAGGAGCAGUGCCUCAGUAAACCUCAGCUGUCCAAGCUCGUCGUUCCCGCUGUCACCAUUCCGAACUUUCAGCAGCAGGAUUGACCAGAUUCGGCAGGAGGAGAGCAUGGAUGUGAUGAAUCGGGAGGCUGCACAUGAAAGAGGGAUCCACACAGCCAUGCAAAUGAGCUGCUCACGGGAGGAUGGUUUUGCGCUGUGUGACCAGAUGGUGACUGCUGAGCAGGAGGACCAGACUUUGACUUUGCAGAGGGAGGAUAUUUUCCCCUUGUCUCCCUCUCCUUCUCCGACGCGGAUUGGCAAGCAGUACUUCUCAUCAUCCCAGCCGAUUCUGAUACCCAAAGGUGGCAUCACCCCAAAUUCCUCUCCAAGUCCCACUCGCCGUAUUGCAAGCAGGAGGAGUGUCAGCCCGAGUGUUGCUAUACGACCCAGUGCCUUGGGACCAUUGAAGAGGAAAGGGGACAUGGAAGUGGAUUCUCCCCCAAAGAAAUUGUUUGUCAGUGGUGUUCCUGGGAUCGGAAAUGCUGAGACUCCUCUGCUAACACCAUUGCUUUCACACAGCCUGGAAUGUGUGAACAGCAGCCCUCCACAGACCGUGCCUCCAUCAGGGCCUUAUGUCGCAGCUUCACCAUCCGCAGCCGAGAUCGGUUUCACUUCGCCAUUCGCCUCUGUGGCUCACCCCCCUGGAAUGUGAACAAAAGAGACAAUCACCCUUAUUCUAAGAGAUGGGCUACAUAAAGCACUUUGUUAGAGGAGACUGUAUAAUAGCAUUCCUAAUCAGUAUUUUAUAGUCGAUUGUAUAGUUAAUUAGUGAAAGAAACCAUUCAAGGGCGGUCAGUGAGUAAGGGAACAGAAUUUGCUCCUGCCUGCCACUUGGCCUGGAACUGCACAAUUCAUGGUUGGAGCUAACCUGACUCUUUGUCAUUUGGGUUCAGACCUAGUGCCUGCCCACUGUACAUACCACUGUAUGAAUCGCUGUAGAAAAAUUAAGUUGUUGUGAA